AUGGGUCUUGGGAGUCCCAAAUCCACUACUAUUAUUUUACAGUUGGCAGAUCAAUCACUUGCUAGGAUGGAUGGUAUUAUUGAAGAUGUGUUGGUGCAAGUAGGAUCUUUAUUUUUUCCGAUGGAUUUUGUAAUUCUAGACUUUGAGACUGAUCCUGUGUUGUUGUUGUCCGAUGAUCCAUUAGAGCGAGCUUUGAUAGGUCAUAAUCUUUAUGGAGAUGUAGAAGCAUUAGAAUUGGUCCAGGUUAUGCAUUUGGCAGUGAUUGAGAUGAACAAAGUGCCUUUAGAGCCAUUGAAUAUGCCAAUCUGUCCAUCACCUAAGGCCUUAAUUGAAGAAGCUCCUAGCUUGGAGCUUAAGAUUCUCCCUCUUUAUUUACAAUAUGUUUUUCUUAGUGGUCAAGAUACUUUGUCUGUUAUUUUGUCUAUAAGAUUAACAGAUGUGCAGGUGGAAGCUAUGGCUAGUCCGACUAAUGAUGCAAGGGUGGUUCUGAAAUUUGUGAAGAAGAACAUAUUUUCCAGAUUUGGUACACCUAGAGCGAUAAUUAGUGAUGGAAGUACGCACUUUAUCAACACUUGGUUCAAAAAUCUUCUUGCUAAAUAUGGUGUUCAGCAUAAGGUUGCUACUGUGUACCAUCCCCAAACUAGUGGACAAGUUAAGGUGUCCAACCGAGAGAUUAAGCUGAUACUUUAG